AUGUCCCACGGGACCUACUAUGAGUGUGAGUCUCGGGGUGGCCAGCAGCCACUCGAGUUCUCAGGGGGUCGAGCUGGGCCUGGGGAACUGGGGGACAUGUGUGAGCAUGAGGCCUCCAUCGACCUCUCUGCCUACAUCGAGUCUGGGGAAGAACAGCUACUUUCUGACCUCUUUGCCAUGAAGCCGGCGCCGGAAGCCCGAAGCCUUAAGGGCCCAGGAACCCCUUCGUUCCCUCACUACCUGCCAGCUGACCCUCGGCCAUUUGCUUAUCCGUCACAUACAUUUGGCCCAGAUAGGAAGGCUUUGGGGCCUGGCAUUUACGGUAACCCGGGGAGCUACGACCCCAGGGCUGUGGCCGUGAAGGAGGAGCCUCGUGGGCCAGAGGGCAGCCGAGGCACCAGCCGAGGUGGCUACAAUCCCUUGCAGUACCAAGUGGCACACUGUGGGCAGACAGCGGUGCAUCUUCCCCCGAGCCUGGCAGCACCUGGCCAGCCCCUACGCGUCCUCAAGGCCCCUGUGGCUGCUGCUGCCCCUCCCUGCAGCCCUCUUCUCAAGGCGCCCUCCCCAGCUGGGCCCUCACACAAGGGCAAGAAGGCAGUGAACAAAGACAGCCUCGAGUACCGAUUGCGACGGGAACGCAACAACAUAGCAGUGCGCAAGAGCCGGGACAAGGCCAAGAGGCGCAUUAUGGAGACGCAGCAGAAGGUGCUGGAGUACAUGGCUGAAAAUGAACGUCUGCGAAGCCGUGUGGAGCAGCUCACCCAGGAGCUAGACACCCUUCGGAACCUCUUCCGCCAGAUCCCUGAGGCUGCCAGCCUUAUCAAGGGCGUGGGGGGCUGCAGCUGA